AUGGUGAGAUGCGGUGCGGGCGUUGCUGUCUAAAGCUAAACACACAGAGCCAGCCGUAAAGGGCCGUAGCCCCAGACCGAGAUAAACACAACAAUAGAAAUACCUACUACCAGUACCAUGUAGUUCAGUGUGUUCAGUGCAGUCGAGAUUGCCUGGAAAAACAGUCAUUUGCAUCAUGAAUAUCUACCAGAAUCUCCCAAGAUGAAUCUUUUCGCAUUCAGUCAUGUCAUUCUACUCGUUACCAUUCAUCUGACGUCGGUCCGGGGCUUUCUGAAUCUCUUCUUGAGUCCAGCGGAAGUUCAAAGACUUCUUGGUUUAGAUGCUGAGGUAUUUUAUGUCAGGAAUGGCUUGAUUUACAAUUCUGCUUUGCGAUUUGUAAUCCUCAUUCCUUCCAACAUCGACUUCAUACAGUUCACUUGGGAAAGUUUAGUACAUACACCUAUGCCGCGGAAAUACGUGCGGAAAACUAAGAAAGCUCCUUGGACUACGGAAAGUUUGCAAGUUGCUAUGAAUGCUUUGAACGAGGUUGCAAGAAGAUUUAUUCCAAGAGCGACUCUACAAGAUAGACAGAGAAACCACAAUAUUUCAAAACCGAAGCUUGGACGUUCAGUUUUUUUCUGUGAAAAUCACGUAUUAUAUACAAUUGGAAUAGAAUCAUCAAAUCCAGUAGCUGUUCCACCUCCAAAACUGAACAUUUCCAGCUCUGGAUCCAUACCGAAUUCUCAACAAACAUUUGCAAUCUCAUUACCAUGUUCAGAAGGCAUAGAAGCAGAAGUACACAUAAUCAUACGCAUGAACAUCACGUUCGCAGAGAACACAACAACGUUGACUUUCAUGCGAAACAAAAUAUGUCUAAAACCUGAAAAAUCCACCACGUACAUAUCCAUGGAUUCGAUGCCGCAGUUCUCCAACUCCGUCAACAUAUUUUACAUAGCUGUUUGCUGCGCAGUACUGCUCAUCAUCAUUUUGGCGUUCGUAGUUACUUUGCACUACUUCAAGGACAAGAAAAUUCGCAGGUCCCACGAAAAUGAGAGCGGCCCUACUACUACUACAACUACUUUCCUCGCAGCAUUGCCAAGAAACAGCGUGAAUGCCUCAUACGGAAGCUUCAGAAGGAUGCCUAGUUAUUCCUUGAUCGACGAACGGUCCAAAGACUUACAAGACAGAAUUACUGAUUUAACAGUACAAAGAUGUAGAGUUCGCCUGAGUAGCAUCAUCUUAGAGGGAACAUUUGGAAGAAUCUACCAUGGCUCAUACACGAAUGAAGACGGUUCCGAAGAAACUGUGAUUGUGAAAACCGUGACUGACCACGCGAGUCAAGUUCAAAUUUCCUUAUUGUUGCAAGAAGGGAUGGCAAUGUAUUCUCUCAAUCACAAAAAUAUACUGAGCAUCCUUAGAGUAUCCAUAGAAGAUCAUACAGCUCCGUUUUUGCUCUAUCCCUACAAAAACUUCACGAAUUUGAAGAUAUUUUUGCAAAAGUGCAAAGUUUCCUCUGAGGGCGUUCAUCAUACUCUGACUACCCAAGAAGUUGUUGAUAUGGCUUUGCAGGUUAUACAAGCUAUGCAGUAUUUGCACAAGAAGCAUCUACUCCAUAAAGAUUUAUCCACAAGGAAUUGUGUAGUGGAUGAUAAACUUAACGUCUUGGUAGCUGACAAUGCCUUAUCCAGAGAUCUGUUCCCUUCUGACUACCACUGCCUAGGCGAUAACGAGAAUAGACCUGUCAAGUGGUUGGCGAUCGAAAGUCUACUGCACAAGACUUUCUCUCCUAGUUCUGAUGUUUGGUCUUUCGGAGUUUUACUCUGGGAACUGACGACACUUGCUCAACAGCCCUACAUCGAAAUCGAUCCUUUCGAGAUGGCUGCUUAUUUGAAAGAUGGAUACAGGUUGGCUCAACCGAUCAAUUGCCCUGACGAAUUAUUUGCUGUGAUGGCUUACUGCUGGGCAAUGAGUGCAGAAGAGAGACCGACAUUUACGCAGUUGUAUGUGUGCUUGCAAGAGUUUUAUGCGCAACUGACCAGAUAUGUAUGACAGAAAAUAUGAACUUCCUUUGACAGUGAUAGCUUUAAGUGAGAACUACAUUUCAUUCAGAUAGAUGAAUUGAUAUAUAUUUAUUUUCAUUUUGAAAAGAGAGUUUAAGCAAGAGAUUAAGACUUAUCAGACUUGUCCAUUUUUUUCUUGAUCAGAAAUUAUCAGUAGUGAUUAAUCUUGAUUAUUUUUGACAAUUGCUAACGGGUAAAAUUUGGGAUUGUCUUCCAAUGAGGUCACAAUAUUUUUCCACAUUAUAAUUACAAUCAGCAGAUGGUUUGAAAGUUCAUAUAUGUGAAGAAGAAUUUAUGUUUGAUGUAGAGUGUUCGUGUACUUUUUCAUUUGUUUCAUAAACAAAUAUUUAAUAGAUGUUAUUCCAGAGAUGAUGUGGAGGUUUGCCUUAUAGGCAAGACAUAAAACAUUAUUGCAAAUUGCAAGAUCGUCUCUGUAUUUAUGUUGAUGUCGUAUGCUGUUUUUUUUAUCUUUAUUUUCUAGCUUUUUAUGUGUUCUUAUAUUUUUUCAUAGUUCAUGUAUGAGUUUAUGUGAAUAUUUAGUUUUCGUAUUUGCAAAAAGAUGGAUGGACAGAACUGAAAUAAAAUAUAUUUAAUACU